AUCGUUCAGCGAUUCAAUCGAAAGUUGUCGGAGAAGAACGUUAGCGUUUUCUGUCGAUUACGUUCAUAUCUUUUUGCUUUUUUUCUUUUUGUUUCAGUAUAUACUAUUCGUUUCUCUAUCUUUUUAUUCCUUUUAACCAUUUUAUUCUCUUUUGAUUAUUACGAAAGAAAAAAAGUAUUGUUAAAUCGUGUUUUCACGCAAGCUGUUCGUCUAUUCUUAUCUCUUUCUUUUGAAUUUGUCUUUACGUGACUAUUUAUUACUUCUGACAUUUAAUCAUAAUAAUUAUAAGGUUGAGGAAGGAUUAGAUAGGUGCACUAAGAGUCUUUGUAAAGUACGAAUACAAAAAACAGAAGACUUACCGAAAUCAAAUUUGAUAGAAUUUAAUUCGUCAGAAAAUAUGAAGACGAUAUGGGUGAUUGGUGGUCCUGGAUGUGGAAAGGGAACGCAAUGCGAUCGUAUAAUCAAAAAAUAUGGAUUUUUACAUUUAAGUAGCGGUGAUCUUUUGCGAGAUGAAGUAGCAAGCGGUAGCCCUAGAGGAGCUUCGCUUCAAGAAUUAAUGUCCAAGGGCUUGUUCGUACCAACGGAUAUCGUGUUGGAACUUAUAAAGGAAAAGAUGGAAAAAGCAAGUACCGAAGGUACUACGAAAACAGGUUUCCUUAUCGAUGGAUAUCCUCGUGAAUUGGAACAAGGGAUCCUUUUUGAAAAAAAUGUUUGUUCAGUUGAUCUCAUCUUAUUUUUUGACGUAUCUAACGAGACAAUGACUAAAAGGCUUCUCGGCCGUGCCGAAGUAUCUCAAAGAGCUGACGAUAACGCUGAAACCAUCAAGAAAAGAAUCGAGAUAUUUAACGAAAAGAAUGACAAAAUUGUAGAACAUUACAAGGACAAACUUGUUAGGAUUAACGCCGAAGGAAGCGUCGAUGAAAUAUUCGAUGAAGUUUGUAAAGCGCUCGAUCGUUUGUUGGCUUAAUGUUUUGGCAAAGCACACAACCCUGUGAGCUUUUCUCAAGCAUAGCCUAAUUGUCUAUCAAGUCCAAAAAAGAUUUUUAGACAGAGAUAUUAAGCAAUAUACGAAGUGUGUGAUAAUAACGUUUACAUUGUAAUAAUCGUUUACAUUGUACUAAGAUCCUAUCCUAAAAAAGAAAAAUCGCUCUGAAUAAGUGUGAUAAAUUUUUAUUUUAUUUUUUCUCGUAAAAAUUUGAGUACAUCCGGCAUUUUUAACAUUUACUUUAGGUAAUGAAUCUUACGGAACUUUCUUAUACUUCAUGUUUAUGAAAUAUAAACAAAAGAUAAAUCUUUCAGACGCUUAAUCCCUAAGAUUAGGGUUUUCAGCCGAAUUGAUUUUACGUCAACAAUUGUGAGAGCGAUUAACAGAACACCCAUACCUACAAUUAUUAGAAUAGGAAAGAGUUAAUAUUAUGAUUUCAUUUAACGAUAAAACAAUCUACUCAAGCAAUAUUAUGUUAUUACAGCUUUUCACAUAUCGAUCGAUACUAUGAAUGCGUAAUAAAUUGUAUAUUGGAAUUA